AUGUUGUGUGUAGUGUGGGGAGACCAGAUAUAGUGAAUGCAGGGUCCUGGGAGACCAGAUAUAGUGAAUGCAGGGUCCGGGGAGACCAGAUAUAGUGAAUGCAGGGUCCGGGGAGACCAGAUAUAGUGAAUGCAGGGUCCGGGGAGACCAGAUAUAGUGAAUGCAGGGGUCCGGGGAGACCAGAUAUAGUGAAUGCAGAGUCCGGGGAGACCAGAUAUAGUGAAUGCAGGGUCUGAGGAGACCAGAUAUAGUGAAUGCAGGGUCCGGGGAGA